AUUAUUUCUCCUCUUCUUCUUCUUCAAAAAAAAAAAAGAACUUGGCAAUACGUAUCUCUCUCUCUCUCUUUUCGUCCCCCAUUUACAUGUCUUUCCGACACUGCAUUGUCUGUAGUAUGCUUCUCCUACUUUCCAUCAUUUAAGUGGAUCAGUACGGAGAUAAUACUGGGAGGAAAAGGAACAGAACUUUGUCUGUGUUAUUUGCUUCUUUUGGAGCUUUUAGAAAUAACAAGAUUUCUGAAGAAUACAGAUAUAGAGAUCAGCAACUCAAAACACAAAGUUCAGAAGAGAAAAGUUGAGUCAUUGCUCGUUAAAAACAAUGUUAAAAAUUCCAUGGAGAGAGAAUUUUGAUGAAGGCGUAGAAAAUGGGUUUUCCAUUAUCUGAUUCUUUUCAGUAAGUGAAAAAAGGAAGAGAGUCUUAGAGGGAAAAACAAACAUGGGUUUCUUCUACUUUCAUCACCUCGUCACUCUGUUUUUUGCACUGGCAACUCUACAACAUGUUCGCGGAAACACGGAGCUAAGAGCUUUAAUGGAGCUCAAGUCCACUUUAGACCCAACCAACAAGUUCUUGAACUCCUGGACUAGCGACGGUGACCCGUGCAGCGGCACAUUUGAGGGGGUUAAUUGCAAUGAGCACCGCAAAGUGGCUAACAUUUCGCUGCAGGGAAAGGGUCUCUCUGGCAAGGUAUCACCAGCAGUGGCCGAGCUUAAAUGCUUGUCAGGCCUCUACUUGCAUUAUAACUCCCUGUCUGGAGAGAUACCGAAGGAAUUAGCAAAUUUGACGGAGUUAUCUGAUCUUUAUCUCAAUGUGAAUAAUCUUUCAGGGAGCAUUCCUCCUGAGAUCGGUGGCAUGGCUAGUCUCCAAGUUUUAGAUUUAUGUUGUAACCAGCUAACAGGGCCUAUACCUAAAGAGAUGGGGUCCUUGAAGAGGCUAACUGUUCUUGCAUUACAAUAUAACAGACUAACUUAUCAAAUUCCAGCCAGCUUAGGGAACUUGGGGAUGCUGAGAAGGCUUGAUCUAGCUUCUAAUCAAUUGUCUGGUCCAAUUCCUCCAAGUGUAUCAAAUGCUCCACAAUUGCAACUGCUAGAUAUCCGUAACAAUUCUCUUUCUGGAAUGGUUCCUUCUGCUUUGCAGAGAUUAAAAGGAGGGUUUCAAUUUGCGAAGAACAAAGAUUUAUGUGGAGUUGGGUUUCAAACACUAAGAGCUUGCACUCCAUUCGAUACUAUGAACAUCAACCAAGUUGAACCCCAAGGACCAAUCACAAAUAGUACUACUCCGAGGACUAUCCCUGCUGCAUCUGCAAAUUUUCACACACCUUGCAACAAAACCAACUGUUCACAUUCGUCAAACUUUCCACGAAUUGCGAUUGUUGCUGGGGUUAUUACAGCCACUGUUAUGUUGAUAGGUACUGGAUUUCUGAUCAUUUUCUUUAUUCGCCGGAAAAAACAGAAGAUUGGAAAUACAUCCGAGUCUUCUGUUGGAAGGCUGAGCACAGACCAGGCUAAGGAGCUCCAUAGGGGUGGUGCCUCUCCGCUUGUGAUCCUGGAGUACUCUAAUGGGUGGGAUCCAUUUGGUGAUUGUCGAAAUGGUAUCGGAAUUUUUGAGGAUAGUCUAAAUAACUUCAGAUUCAACCUGGAGGAGAUUGAAUCUGCAACCCAGUGCUUCUCUGAGGUGAAUUUAUUGGGAAAGAGCAGCUUCUCAUCUGUUUACAAAGGAAUACUUAGAGAUGGUUCUCUUGUAGCAGUCAGGAGCAUUAACAUAACUAGUUGCAAGUCUGAAGAAGAUGAAUUUGUGAAGGGCUUGAACUUACUGACAUCUCUAAGACAUGAGAACCUAGUUAGACUGCGAGGUUUUUGUUGUUCCAGGGGUAGGGGUGAAUGUUUUCUCAUCUAUGAUUUUGCUCCUAAAGGAAACCUGUCAAAAUAUCUUGAUAUAGAAAAUGGAAGCAACCAUGUCCUCGACUGGUCCACAAGGGCUUCCAUUAUCAAUGGCAUUGCAAAAGGCAUUGAAUAUUUGCACAGCAGUGAGGCAAACAGACCUGCCACAAUCCACCGUCGCAUAUCUGUGGAGAAAGUUCUACUUGAUCAACAAUUCAACCCAAUGAUUGCAGAUUCUGGCCUUCCAAAGCUUCUAGCAGAUGAUAUUGUCCUCUCAGCCCUUAAAAUAAGUGCUGCCAUGGGAUAUCUAGCUCCAGAGUAUGUAACUACUGGGCAUUUUACUGAGAAGAGUGACAUAUAUGCAUUUGGAGUGAUCGUCCUUCAAAUCCUCUCUGGUAAACAGAUGCUUUCCAAUUCAAUGCGCGUGGCAGCUGCAUCUUGCAUAUAUGAAGGAUUUAUUGAUACCAAUCUUAAAGGAAACUUCUCCGAAUCGGAAGCUGCUAAGCUGGCAAAACUUGCACUUGCUUGCACCCAAGAGCUACCUGAGAACAGGCCAACCAUGGGGGCAGCGAUUCAAGAGCUGAACAGAAGCGAUCCUUGUUCUUGAUUGCCAUAUUCCCUUCUUUUGGGACAAUGAUGACACAAAGAAGGCAAGGAGAUUGGAGACCUCAAAAACUGCAGAAAUUGCAUAUGCUAAUUUUUCCAUUUGUGCCUUCAAAGGGGAGCAAGGCUUAAACGUUUGCUUUUUGUAAAAUUGGAGUUGAUUGACAAGAUACUCUUGCAGAUGCUAAUUGUUGUGAUCUUGUCUUAACUAGUUUUUUCGUAAAGCCUUACGAGAAGUUGGUACAACCCCUUGUAAUAACUAUGGAAAAGAGAAAACUAUCAUUUAAUUCUAUUCGAUUCUUCUGUUAGAAA